AUGCGCUUAAAGAAAUUCUAUCUCUUCAGCGUUAAUCAAAUAUUUUUCGGGGUUGAAAUGAGCCUCAAUUCACCGAUUGGUGGCGCUUGUGGGGAGUCCUCAAUAACCUGCAGUGUCACUUCUGAGUGCCUGGCGGCGAUGGCACACAUCUGCCGUGGCCUACUCUCAAAGCCCGGUCUCCGUGGCCGCGUCACCAAGGCUGACACCCUGAUGCUGUGCCUGCGCGUCAUGACCGGUGUUAUCAUACUCUAUGAUCAUGUGGACCCCUCUGGCGUGUUUCGCAAAACCUCCAAACUUGAUGUAAAGAGCUGCGUACGACUUCUGAAAGAACAGAAUCCGAAGAGUGUCGAAUGUUUGCUCAACGCCAUCAAGUAA